UAAAUUUCGAAUAUUCAAACUUAAGUCGGGGAUCAAACGUUUCAGUGCGAACAAGCCACCGUUAUUACUGGGGUUAGCUGGGAUUUAGGUAGCUGGUUGUAAACCAAGUGUGUAAUAUAUUUAAUAUAACGUGCUUUAACAGUAAAUACAAGAAGAAUGGCUGAACCGUUGAAGGCCUAUUUGGAAAACAAGCCGGUGGAAAAGAUGAAGAAAGAUCCAAAACGUCUGUCGGUGGAGAGGAUCUAUCAGAAGAAGACGCAGCUGGAGCACAUUUUGCUCAGACCGGACUCCUACAUAGGCUCUGUAGAGCCUGUCACUCAACAAAUGUGGGUGUUUGAUGAGGAUGCUGGAUUGAACUGCCGCGAUGUGACGUUUGUGCCCGGGCUUUACAAGAUUUUUGAUGAGAUCCUUGUAAAUGCAGCUGAUAAUAAGCAGAGAGAUAAGAGCAUGUCCUGCAUCAAAGUCAUCAUUGAUGUUGAAAACAACACCAUCAGUGUGUGGAAUAAUGGGAAGGGUAUUCCUGUGGUGGAGCACAAAGUGGAGAAGGUUUUUGUGCCUGCUCUCAUCUUUGGACAGCUCCUCACUUCAAGUAACUAUGAUGAUGAUGAGAAGAAAGUCACUGGUGGACGUAAUGGAUAUGGUGCUAAGCUUUGCAACAUCUUCAGUACAAAGUUCACUGUAGAGACUGCUUGUAAAGAGUCGAAGAAGUGCUUCAAGCAGACUUGGUAUGACAACAUGGGCAGAGCAGGGGAGGCUAGCAUCAAACCCUUUGAUGGGGAGGAGUACACUUGCAUCACCUUCAAACCAGAUCUGGCCAAGUUUAAGAUGAGUAUCUUGGACAGAGACACAGUGGCUCUGAUGACCAGGAGGGCCUAUGAUAUCGCUGGAUCCACUAAGGGUGUCCGGGUGUUCUUCAAUAGCAAGAAGCUACCAAUUACAGGUUUCCGUAGCUAUGUGGACAUGUACGUGAAGGACAAGGUGGAUGAGCUGGGUGGUCCUCUUACUGUCAUCCAUGAGAUUGUCAGCGAGCGCUGGGAGGUCUGCCUCACCAUGAGCGAGAAAGGUUUCCAGCAAGUCAGCUUUGUCAACAGCAUUGCCACAACCAAGGGAGGCAGGCACGUUGAUUAUGUGGGUGACCAGGUGGUUAGCAAGCUCAUUGAAGUGGUGAAGAAGAAGAACAAAGCUGGGGUGGCAGUCAAGCCUUUCCAGGUGAAAAACCACAUGUGGCUGUUUGUCAACUGCCUGAUUGAAAACCCCACCUUUGAUUCUCAGACCAAGGAGAACAUGACUCUGCAGCAGAAGAGCUUUGGCUCCACUUGUCCUCUCAGUGAAAAGUUCAUUAAACAGGCCACAUCCUGUGGGAUUGUGGAAAGUAUCAUGAACUGGGUGAAGUUCAAGGCGCAGUCCCAGCUCAACAAGAAGUGCUCAGCUGUUAAACACACAAAAAUCAAAGGUGUGCCAAAACUGGAUGAUGCCAACGAUGCAGGUGGGAAGAACUCCAUCGGCUGCACACUGAUCCUUACAGAGGGAGACUCAGCCAAGACACUUGCUGUGUCCGGGCUGGGAGUGGUCGGAAGGGACCGCUAUGGAGUCUUCCCUCUCAGAGGAAAAAUGCUCAACGUCCGGGAGGCUUCACACAAACAGAUUAUGGAAAAUGCAGAAAUCAACAACAUCAUCAAGAUCCUCGGUCUUCAGUACAAAAAGAACUACAGUGACCCAGAAUCCCUUAAGAGUCUGCGCUACGGCAAGAUCAUGAUCAUGACAGAUCAGGAUCAAGACGGCUCUCACAUUAAGGGUUUGUUGAUCAACUUCAUCCACCAUAACUGGCCGUCAUUGCUGCGUCACAACUUCCUAGAAGAGUUCAUCACCCCCAUUAUCAAGGCAUCUUUCAAGAAAACUCAGCUGUCUUUCUACAGCAUUCCUGAAUUCAAUGUGUGGAAGGAGAGCCAGCCCAACCACAAAUCUUGGAAAAUAAAAUACUACAAAGGUUUGGGAACCAGCACAUCACAGGAAGCCAAGGAGUACUUCAGUGAUAUGCAGAGACACCGUAUCCCAUUCAAGUACUCUGGACCUGAAGAUGAUGAAGCUAUCACCCUUGCCUUUAGCAAGAAGAAAGUGGAAGAGCGAAAAGAGUGGCUCACCAAAUUUAUGAUCAAUAGACGUCAGCGCAGAGAGCACAACCUGCCUGAGGAGUACCUGUACGGUCAGUCAACAAAGUCUCUCUCCUACAACGACUUUGUCAACAAAGAGCUGGUGCUUUUCUCCAACUCUGACAAUGAGAGGUCUAUUCCCUGCCUGGUGGAUGGUCUGAAACCAGGUCAGAGGAAGGUGCUGUACUGUUGUUUCAAGAGGAACGACAAGCGAGAGGUGAAGGUGGCACAGCUGGCAGGCUCAGUGGCUGAGAUGUCAGCCUAUCACCACGGAGAGGUCUCUCUGAUGAUGACCAUCAUUGGUUUGGCCCAGAACUUUGUGGGAAGCAACAACUUGAAUCUCUUGCAGCCUCUGGGCCAGUUUGGAACCAGGCUGCACGGUGGCAAGGACUCCGCCAGCCCUCGAUACAUCUUCACCAUGCUCAGCCCCCUCGCCCGCCUUGUUUUCCCAGCUGUAGAUGACAACCUGCUUAAGUAUAACUAUGAUGACAACCAGCGUGUAGAGCCAGAAUGGUACAUUCCCAUCAUCCCCACUGUGCUGGUGAAUGGUGCCGAAGGCAUUGGCACAGGCUGGGCCAGCAAGAUUCCCAAUUACGACGUACGUGAGAUCAUCAGCAACAUCCACCGUAUGCUCGACGGCGAGGAACCUCUGCCCAUGCUUCCAAACUACAAAGACUUCAGAGGCACAAUUGAGCAGGUGAUGGAUAACCAGUUCUUGAAUAGUGGAGAGAUCGCCAUCCUGGAUUCAACCACCAUUGAAAUCUCUGAAUUGCCUGUCAAAACCUGGACACAGGCCUACAAGGAGAACGUGCUGGAGCCGAUGCUGAACGGUACAGAAAAGGUUCCUCCUCUCAUCACGGACUAUAAGGACUACCACACCGACACCACAGUGCGCUUUGUGGUCAAGAUGACGGAAGAGAAGCUGAGGGAGGCCGAGGCUGCCGGCCUCCAUAAAGUCUUCAAACUGCAGAGCCCCCUCACCUGCAAUUCUAUGGUUCUGUUUGACCACGUGGGAAGUCUGAAAAAGUACGAGUCUGUGCAGGAUAUCCUCUCAGAUUUCUUUGAGUUGAGGAUGAAGUACUACGUGCUGAGGAAGGACUGGUUGGCAGGCAUGCUUGGGGCAGAGAGUUCUAAGCUCACCAACCAGGCUCGCUUCAUCCUGGAGAAAAUUCAGGGCACCUUGGUCAUUGAGAACAAGCCAAAGAAGGAGCUGAUUCGCAUGCUGCAACAGAUGGGUUACGACUCCGACCCAGUGAAGGCUUGGAAACAGGCUCAGGAGAAGAAUGAGGAGGAGAUGGAGGAUGAGGGGGAGGAAGAGGGAGAGAAAGCGGACACAAGUGGACCUGACUAUAAUUAUCUGCUGAGCAUGCCCAUGUGGUUCUUGACCAAAGAGAAGAAGGAGGAGCUGUGCAGACAGAGGGAUGCUAAGCUGACAGAGCUGAACACCCUAAAGAAAAAGAGUCCAUCAGACCUGUGGAGGGAGGACCUUGCUGCUUUCUCUGAGGAACUGGCGCGUGUUGAGGCAAAGGAAAAGGAGAGCGCUACCAUUCCUGUAAAAACUGGAAAAGGCAAAGCAUUAAAGGUGAAGCAGGAGACUUUGCCCACACCACAGGGCCGCCGUGUUAUUCCACGUGUUACCAGCACCAUGAAAGCUGAAGCUAACAGGAAGGCUGACCUGAAGAAAGGAGAGGGAAAGAGAGGCAGGAAAGUCAAGAGUGAAGAUGUAGUGAUGAAAAUGGAGUUUGGAGAGGAUGCAGAAAAUACAGAGCCAGUUGAGAACACUGGCUUAGCUGCACGACUGAGCAAGAAAACUAAGACUCAAGCAACGGAUAAAGCAGCAUCAAAGAUGAGCAAGCAGACCACUCUUCAGUUCAAGCCUGCUACCAAGAAGCCCAAGAAAAAUCAGUGGUCAGAUGAGGAUGAGGAUGAUGGUGGCCUAUCUGAAAUGGAGUCAGAGGAAGUGGCUGCCCCCAGAGAGCGCAUAGAACGUAAAACUAAAGCUACGGUGAAGUACGACAUGUCUGACAGUGAGGAUGAAUUUGAUGACUCGGGGAAGAAGGACGCUCCAAAACGCAAAGCCGUCAUCAGUGAUGAUGAUGCAAGCUUCAUCCCGGAGCCCAGCACGUUGUCCGGCAACGAUGUGGAGUCUCCAGCCCCACCUCCCAAAGCUCCAGAACCUAGGAAGAAGGCAGCAACGAGCAAAACAACAGUUAAAAAAACAAGCACCAAGUCAAGCUCUCAGUCAGAGGAUCAGGCGCCGGCAUCCAAGGCUCCAACUCAGCGUAAAACCAAAGACGCUGCACCCAAGAAACCUGCCGCUGCCAAGAAACCAGCUGCAUCAAAGAAGAAGGCUGCAGAUGUGAAGCAGCCAUCUAUCUUGGAUGCUCUCUCUAAGCCCAAACCUGCUUCCUGCGCUCCUGCUGCCAAGAAGCUCCCUUCAUUUGAUUCCAGUGACUCAGAGGGUGAAGGGAAAGCUCCAGUUAAAAAACAGAAACCUGUUCUUAAACGGAAAAAGGCUUUCAGUGACGACUCUGACAGCAGCUCCUCAGACAACCUCAUGUCACGCCUCAAAGCCAAGACCACUGCUGGCACCAAGAAGAGCAAGAAGUGGGAAGAGGAUGACAGCUUCCAGGUUUCAGACCCUGAAGAAGCAGCUCCUGUAGCUGCAGCGCAGCGGGAAAAACCCUCACGAGCCCGGAAACCCGUCACCUACAACCUGGAUUCAGACUCAGAUGAAGAUUUUUAAACAUUAGUCUCCAAGUCAUUGUUUCUAAAUGAUAAGUCAUGUUUUUUGGAGCAUUGUUGCAGUUAAUAUUGCAUUUGUUUAACUCUCCUGAAGCUCAGCUGCAAUUACACAUUUAAUGGAAUUUGGACCAGCAGCCUGUGGGACCUUAAAAAAAAAUCUUGUUCACUGUUUCAGAGUUUCUCAUUUCACAGAAAAAGAAAAAAGCUGAUUUUAAAUGCUCUUGUAUCUAUAUAAACAUCUAAUCUUAAAAUUAUUUACUCUUAGUUUCUUGAAAUGUGUUUUGUAAUCCACAUGUUUGUGUUUUGUCUUGUCCUGUAAAUAUUUCUUUGGCUGUUCAUUUUAUACCUUUAAGAAAUAAACUUCUUUGUAGUGA